AUGGAGCCGCUGGACUACCAGCAGCAGCAGCAGCAGCACGCGUUCCCUGCUGCUGCAGCAGCAGCAGCAGCAGCAGCACAAGCGAGCGAAGGCCCGCGAAUAGCCGCAGCAGAAAUGCAAAGCAGGUCUGGCCUGUUUGGGGCCCCCGGGGGCCCCCCGGGGGCCCCCGGGGGCCCCUUGGGCUUCGCGGGGCCCCCCGGAGGCGCCGCGGACAGCAGCAGCAGCAGCAGCAGCAGCAGCAGCAGCAGCAGCAGCUGGGAGGGCCGGGGCAGGCGGCCGGGGGCGCUGCAGGACAUGCUGCGGGUGCAGGAGAAGCUGGAAGCAGAUGUGCUGCUGCUGGAAAACAAAAUCUACGAAAUGGAAGGAAAUUAUUUGGCAGCAACAGCAGAUGUUGGAAAUAUGAUCCGCGGCUGGGAGGGCUACAUAGCCGCCGCCACCAAAGCCCGCCGCCCCGCAGCCAAGGCCGCCGCCUCCGCCGAACAAGAGCGUUUGUUUUCCCUCACCAGCUCCACCAGCAGGGCCUCCCGCGAACUCUCCUCAGCAGCAGCAGCAGCAGCAGAAGACCCGGAGAGGCCGCUGCUGGGGGCCGCGAGCAGCAGCAGCAGCAGCAGCAGCAGCAGCAGCACGAACUGGAGCAACGGCGCUGCUUCUCAAGUCUCCAACAGCCGCAACUCUGCAUGCAGCAGCACAAAUGUGAAAGGAGCAAAAAGACUUCCUUCUCGUCUCGGAGCUGCUGCCAGUUCUUCCAAAGCUGCUGCCAGCAGCAGAAGCUCCUCAGCAGCAGCAGCAGCAGCAGCAGCAGCAGCAGCAGCAGCGCCUGCCGCCCUCGCUGCAGACCCUGCAGCAGGCAGCGCCUGCCACGGCCGCAUGUGA